AAUAGGUAAUACAUAACCUAUCAUUAUUGAAAGUUUACCUAACUUAUAAUGAUUUAUUUUAUUUUCUUGUUGAUGUAUCGUGCUCACAGUGGUAGAGUGUCUUACAUGCAAGAUUUUUAUUUGAUGUUCUACCACUGGAUCAAGAACUUGCUCAAGUUUUAGAUCAAGCUAGAGUUCAUAUAUGACCGAUGGUCAGAAUUAUAAUCCUAACAGUAUUUGUGAAGUUGCUAAAAAUGUGAUAAAAUGUUGACAACUAGUUAAUUGUGCUGAAAAACGAUAUAGACCUGUAACUGCCAGCAUUAAUUUUUAUAACACACCUCAACAAAUAAGAUCUGUGCUGAACAAUUUGGAGCAUGAGUAUUGUCAUAAUGAAGAUUGGUGUUUUGGCGGAGAAAAACGCAGUCAAGUACCAAUAUCUAUUGGGUAACAUCAACAACAAAAAGAAGUUUUUUUUAAAGCUUGGACUCUGAUACGGCGGAUCGCAGAAAAUUUUUUUAAGUAUACAAAUAGAAGCUUACAAUUUUAUGGCUAUGAAAUCACCAGUAGUGGGCCUGAAAAUAAGAUUAAAAAUAUUUUUGAAGAAUUAUGUCAAGAAAAUAAAGCAUUAAAACAUUGGAUGCAACGUAAAAAACGGCUUAAUCAUUAUCAACAAUACGUUAUCUUUGAACGUAGUGCUAAUCAAGCUUUAGAAUGGAUACGUGGAACUGGUGAAUUGCACUUUGCUAUAUAUACAAACGUUGGAAAAAAUCAUCUCAAAAAUGAAAAGCUUCCUCAACAAUAUAACCAAUUCAAAGAAAAGAAGAGGAAGAGUAAAAUUAUUGUCACAACUGGCCAACAAUUUAAUGAAAAAAAGGGCACGCUUACGCAACAGCCAUAAAACAAUCUGUUGCUGGUUUAUCAGAGUUAUAAACAUUUCAGUAUGCGCAUGGGUUGUUUUAAAACACAGGUUAAAGAUGACCUAAGAAAAAGGAAUAAAAUUUGGUAAUGUUCUAAGAGAUUUAUCAAUAGAUCGCAAUUCAGAUUCAUCACUAGAAAAACAAUCUGGUAUGUUUCCAUAAUUAGUUUACACGUAAUAGUGAAAAUAUAUUAUUCACUUAAAUACUAAUAUUGUGGAUAUUACUUUAUUUCAAAUUCAUUAUGGCUGAAUUAUUACAAAGUGAAUGAACUUAUGUCAAAAAUUUAGAGACGCAUAUUCGGUGUUCCUUAGAAGAAACCUAAAAUGAAUGUUGUAAUGUCCCAUCAGAAUUAUUGUAAAUCAAUUAUAUUUUGUGAUAUGGAAGAAAUUCAUCACUUUCAUAGCAAUAUAUAUGUACACAAACUGAAAAUAUAUGAAACAAUGCCAGAAGAUGUUGGUCAUUGCUUUAUCACUUGGGCAGCUAAAUUUGAUAUGGGCGCUACUUAUUGUUAUAAUAAACCAGAAAGUAAUCAAUUGUUAGUGGCUCAUGGAGGAAUCGGGUUUAAAGAUUUACAAAGAAAACAUCGUGUUAAACAUCUAAUAGCUGUAUAUCUUAUUAAACCUGUACAGCGAAUUACUAAGUAUAGGUUUCUGCUCAAAGAUUUGCAAAGUGUUUUUAAAAAAGCGUGAAAUAAAAGAUAGACUCACACAUUCUGCAGGAAAGGUGAAAUACAUUUAUGAGAUUCACUCAAUGAUUUCAGAACUUGGUGUGAUUGAGGGUGAUAAGUAAAAAUUUACUGUUUAGACUUGUCGGGCACUAACCAGUGCCAUAAGAGUCGUAUUACCUGCAAAUUCAUAAAAUGCAAAACAACUGUGAGUUAAAUGUUUACGUGAAUUGCUACAAAAAUUUUACUUUAGCUUCAACGUGCCUAAAAAUCCACCUAAAAAAGUUUGAGUCAGCAAACGAGUAAUCUAACCACCGUUAGAUGCUUCAGCACACCAAAGCUUCAAAUACUGAUAUUUGUAUUAAUGCCUAUUCCGAUUAAACAAAUAUUGGACGUUAAUGAAGCACAUGAAUUGGCAGCCACCAGCCCGCAGUCAAAUUUGCCAAUCAGUAAACCUGUAAACACUGGUCUUACACCGAUUGGGUUACGUGUUGCUAAUACUCUGCAGUAGACUAUAUUUUUAUUCAAGUGCGAACCGUUAAAUGCUUCGUUGAUCCGUCUUCGGUUACUGUUACAACAUUAUACUUCCCAAACAGAGGAGUUAUUGGAAUCGGUUGGUUGAGCAUUUCGUCAGUGAUGAUCCCUCAAAUCGAUAUACGCCAAUUUGUCGAUAGUGUAAUAAUGGAAUGGAAUGGUUGUUACUGUCAAUACUGGAAUUCAGUACACAAACAAAAGUCAUUAAGAAUUUUAAUAACGAAGUAUUUUUGUAAGUUAAAUAUUUGUCAGUAAGAAGAAAUAAAAUCUGAUAAGUAAGGAAAAUAAAUGCCGUUAUUGUAAAAAAAGUGGUCCUACUAACAGUGCGAAUCGCACGAAAUAUUUUAAGUCGAAAAAAUUACUCAAAAUAAGAAAGUAUUUAGUAUAAUUGAGAGUUGGCUUCUUCGUGAGAAAAUGUUAAAUAUUUUUUUGUCGUUGUCAGGGCUUAUAUUUCAUAGUUAUGUAUUUUAUGAAGAAUUGGUUGCAGUCGAUGAUAAUUUUUAAAUAUCGUCAUCGAUGUUUUCGCAGGUCCAUUAAUAAGGCUAGAGAUAAUAAUAGAAUUCCAGGUAAUGCUUUAGGUCUUUUAAUACUUGUUAUGGUUAACCAAAUAGCUUCCUUACUUGGGUUAUCAUCUUAAUAAUAUCGAACUCAUGAAAACUUAUGGUUUUUAAAUAUCAAUCUGGUUACAAAGUGUCAUAUUUCAGAUACUGAGUAUUUCCUCUAGUCCCUUAGAGAACAACGUUAAUGAUUAUAUACAUUGCAGACUACACAAAAUGCCAAGAAAACCAAAAGUGUCUGUGAAUGAAGCAGUAGAAUUAUUGAAAGAGUUUAUAUUAUUGGGUAAUUUUAAAGACAAUAAUUUUCCAAUAAAAAGUUCCGAGGUAUGGAUAAAAAUGAGUCAGCGGUUAGAUGGUAAAUGGGCGGCAAGAGACGUCUACAGAGAAGUAAGAGAAGAUAGAAGAAAAAUACUGUCAAAAGCUCGGGAAGAAGUUGGUGUUGCUGGUAUAAGUUCGUUUAAUAUGACCGACGAAGAUACGUAUACAUCUGAAACAGAAAAUGAAAAUGAUUCAAAUUCAAGUGGCAGUGAAUGGUAAGCUUCAGGAACAGAAACUAUCUUUCUACCGAUUGAAAAAGAACUCUUCGAGGCAUUACAUGAGAAAGAAUCAAUCAUUUAUAAGAAAAGAAAAUAUAACAUUUUAGAACGUUUUAAAUGGACUAGCAUGCUGGCAGAAAAAUUAUAUGCUCUCACUUACUUGCCUUGUGCAUUCGUUUUUAAGAAUGCUAAAAUUUAUAAUAAUGAAGGUAGCAUUCAUUACCUAUUUAUACGAGGGCGAUGUUCAAGUAAAUUGUGUGGAAAUAUCAUUUUUGCAUAUUUGGACAAAAAACCUUGUGAUUUUCCAUGUCAGCUACGAAUAAGGACAAAGGAUAGUUUCGGAGAAUCUCACGAGAAUGUACAUAGACCUACUCGAAAGUUUCAACGAAUGAUUAUUGGUGCGAAAGCGUUAAGUGAAGGAGUCGGAAAUUACACUAAACGUCAGGCGCAAUUGUACAGCCAAGAUAAUAAACGUCUUCCUCCAAUAUUGCCGAAACAAAACAUUAUACGGCAAUGUAAAAAUGAAUAUCUCCAUGAAAAAUUAAGAGUGAAACUAGGAGACGGACGUGAUGUUGUUAGCACCAUAGAAAACAUGAGAUAUAAUCCUCUUUAUCCAGGAUUCAUUCAGGAUGUGAAAAAAGAUAAAUUUUAUGUGAUCUACAGCACUCCUAAUCAAUUAGUUGCAUACAAACGUUACUGCAAGCUUACUCAUGCGUCUUCUAAAAUAGCAAUUGAUGGUACUGGCAGUAUUAUAAAGCCAAUAAUUCAUUCAAACGGACGUAAAUCUGGUCAUCUAUUUUUGUAUGCUAUUGUUAUAAAUUACAACAACAAAUCACACUCAGUCCAUCAAUUACUCACGGAAAGUCAAAAUACACAAAUGUUAAUAUGGUGGCUAAAACAGUGGUUUUCUAUGGGGGCACCGAAACCAAAAGAGGCUAACUGCGACAGCUCUAGAGCUUUAAUUAAUGCUCUUUCAUUUACAUUAAAUGACCAAUCUAUUAAGGUUUAUAUAGAUAUCAUAUUCUUACGAGCAAUCGGUGACUUUUCUCACUCCACAAGACCAGCGAUUUCUACAUAUAUCCGUCUGGAUGUUGCUCAUUUCAUCCAUAUGAUAAGUAGGUGGAAAUGUUUUAAAAAUCAAAAAAAUUCUCUCGUAAAGUCAUUUUACAUGCAUUGUAUCGUUCUCAUGAUUGAUUGUCAAACUGUCGAACAAUUUGAGAUGAUAUUUCGUCUGAUUUGUAUAGUUGCAUUAAAUGAGUGCGAGGACUCGAUUAUUACGGUUACUGAUGAAAGUGUUAAAUAUGCUAGACCUAAAUUACAAUCAAUCAUUGCAUCACGAGAUCUUACUGAACUUGUGAAAGAUUUAGGAUCACACGAAGCUGGUGAUACAAUACCUGAAAAAAAUGAUCCAGAAGAAAAUGGUAAUCACAGUGAUGAUGUUACUCAACUUAGUCCAGUGAAAAUAUUUAUUAACGAUAUAUAUAAAUCAGCAUUUCCCUCCAACAUAUUAGGAUCGAUUGCUAGUGCUUAUUAUUUUAAAGAAUUUAUUGAGGAGUUUUUAGUUAGAGCGUAUGAGUUUCCUAUUUGGACAGCAUCCUGUUUACCUCAUGAAGCUGAUCAUGUCACGACCAGUUACACUGAACAGUUUUUUGUGAUAAAAAAGAAAGAAGCUUAAAAGACUGGAAUAACCUUUUGCGCGCUGAUGUUUUUUUAAAAGCAGAAUAUCAAGAGUACAAUGGUAGUUCGGCGGAGUUACAUUCAAAUUUGAUUAAAACCAAGAAACAAAAUGAUUUGGAUAAUAUUUUAAAAUUUGACAACGAUUCAAAAAAAACUAAGUGUACUGCUAAUGAUAAAAAUGACAAUGCAAAUGAAGUGUCUAAUCAAGAUUCAAAUGGUAAAUGUAACUUUGAUGAAAACUAUAAAUGUAAUAAAAUAUAUACUACAGCUAGUUAUGAAGAAGCCGAAAUUAAGGAAACAUUAAUUCGAGGUUUAGAUGAUGAAUUUAGCGUUGAUGAUAAUAAUAAGCUUAAUGAUGAGUG